AUGCUUGCCAUCCAAGAGGCCCGCCCCUCCAUCCACGUCUGGUCCUGGGCUCGAGAGCAGCCAGUGCUGCGGUUCAGUAUCCCGGAGAAGCUGGGCGUAGUCGCGGUCUCUCACGACGGCCUGUACUGUGCGGCUGGUGCACCAUCUGGCAAGCUCUACCUUUGGCAGGUGGCCACGGGCAGAAUGCUCAAGAUGUGGGAAGGCCAUUACAAGGGCGUCACUGCCCUUGCCUGGACAACCGACGACAUGUUCCUCCUUUCCGGCGGAGAGGACGCUCUGUUGCAUCUUUGGUCCCUCGCCAGCGUUUUCGAUGACGACGACGCAUCGAGCACGGACGAGACUUCUGUCCGACCCGAGCACACAUGGAACGAGCACGCGCUGCCCAUCACCUCCAUCUUCUGUGGCGUCGGCGGUGUGCGGGGACGCAUUUUGACCACCUCGAACGACCAAACCUGCAAGGUGUGGGACAUCCCCUCGCGACGCAUGGCGGCCUCGCUCAAGUUCCCUUCGUGCCUCACGACCGUCACCGUGGACGUACUUGAGCGACACCUCUUCGCCGGGUCUGUCGAUGGCCGAGUCUACGCUGUGGACCUCACCAUGCCUCUGCCCGCCUCCAACUCGGACGCAAUGUUUAUGGCAUCCGAAGGCGGCCUGCUGGACAUGGGUGAGGAGAAGGUGUUCGAUACACUCUCGGCUCACGAUCGACACAUCAGCAGCCUGAGCGUCUCGCUCGACGGCAAUCUGCUCCUGUCCGCCUCUCACGACGGAACCGCCAAGAUGUGGGAUCUGGGCAGUCGACAGGUGAUUCGAACGUUCACGACCAACAAGGGUCCUAUCACCUACGCUUCCAUUAUUGCCAAGCCCUUCAGCGAGGACAUGAACAUCGAUGACAGGCAAACAGACAAGCCGUUCAAGACCUUCUUGCACCGAAACGAGCAGUCGGGUAAGACCUUCUCCCGUGGCAGCCCAUACUCCGCUGGAGACGUCUCCACCCUCCUGGUGUCGAUGGCCGUGCCCACGGUGCUCGGCGACACCAAGUUGGUGUUUACGGACCUGCUGGACGAGGAAGAGGAGCCAGAGUCCUACCUCCCCUUGACCGCCGACCUGAAGGCGGCCGAGGGCGAGGAGGGAGUGCUCGAGCAACAGAACCGCGAGCUGCAGAAGCGAGUCGUCAACUUGGAACGGGAGGUCGCCCGAUGGAGCAACGUCAACAACGGCCUCUAUCGCUUCUGCGUCACCCAGCUCCUCGCCGCUCCCACGCAAGACCACAGCGUCAAGCAACCCCAAGAGCCCCACCACCACUGA